GUGAUCGUUGCUGAAACCAUUCAUUCACCAUGGCCCGUACCAAGCAGACCGCUCGUAAGUCCACCGGAGGAAAAGCUCCUCGCAAGCAGCUGGCGACCAAGGCUGCCCGUAAGAGCGCUCCAGCUACCGGAGGAGUUAAGAAGCCUCAUCGUUAUCGGCCAGGAACUGUUGCCCUGCGUGAGAUCCGUCGUUACCAGAAGUCGACUGAGCUGCUGAUCCGCAAGCUGCCUUUCCAGCGUCUGGUUCGUGAGAUCGCCCAGGACUUCAAGACUGAUCUGCGUUUCCAGAGCUCGGCUGUCAUGGCCCUGCAGGAAGCCAGCGAAGCUUAUCUGGUCGGAUUGUUCGAGGACACCAAUCUGUGCGCCAUUCACGCAAAGCGUGUCACCAUCAUGCCCAAGGACAUCCAGCUGGCUCGCCGUAUUCGUGGAGAACCAUUCUACCAAACCAACACCGAAAUGACUGAUACCGAAGUUGCUGCUGCGGCUCCAGCUGCCGCUGCCUCUCCUGCCAAGGCCACCAAGAAGCCGAAGGGAGAUAAGAAGCCGAAGAAGCCAUCCACCCACCCGCCGGUCAACGACAUGGUUGUUGCCGCCAUCAAGGCCCUGAAGGAACGCAAAGGAUCGUCGCUGCAGGCCAUCAAGAAGUACAUUGCCGCCAACUACAAGUGCGAUGUGGCCAAGCUGUCGCCCUUUAUCAGAAAGGCCCUGAAGAGUGGUGUUGAGAAGGGAAAGUUCGCCCAAACCAAGGGCACCGGAGCUUCAGGAUCGUUCAAGAUCAAGGCCGAGGAAAAGAAGCCAGCUGGCGAGAAGAAGAAGAAGGUUGCUGCCAAGAAGCCUAAGAAGGCUGCUGGAGAGAAAAAACCAAAGAAGGCCGCUGGUGAGAAGAAGGCUGUUGCCAAGAAACCAAAAGCCGCUGGCGCUAAGAAGCCAAAGGCCGCUGCGGAGAAGAAGGCCAAGGCUGCUACUGCCAAGACCGCCAAGAAAGCCGGCACAGUGAAGAAAGCCGCUGCUCCCAAGAAGGCUGCUGCCCCCAAAAAGGCCCCUGCCAAGCCAAAGGUCGCCAAGAAGCCCAAGACCCCCAAGAAGCCAGUGGCCAAGAAGACUGUAGCCAAGAAGGCCGCCGCCAAGAAUUCAUUCACCAUGGCCCGUACCAAGCAGACCGCUCGUAAGUCCACCGGAGGAAAAGCUCCUCGCAAGCAGCUGGCGACCAAGGCUGCCCGUAAGAGCGCUCCAGCUACCGGAGGAGUUAAGAAGCCUCAUCGUUAUCGGCCAGGAACUGUUGCCCUGCGUGAGAUCCGUCGUUACCAGAAGUCGACUGAGCUGCUGAUCCGUAAGCUGCCUUUCCAGCGUCUGGUUCGUGAGAUCGCCCAGGACUUCAAGACUGAUCUGCGUUUCCAGAGCUCGGCUGUCAUGGCCCUGCAAGAAGCCAGCGAAGCUUAUCUGGUGGGAUUGUUCGAGGACACCAAUCUGUGCGCCAUUCACGCCAAGCGUGUCACCAUCAUGCCCAAGGACAUCCAGCUAGCUCGCCGCAUUCGUGGAGAACGUGCUUAAGUUGCUCCGGAUCUGAUCUGUUUCUGCCAAUUCAAACCAAACGGUCCUUUUCAGGACCAAAAACUUACUCAACAAAGAGUUGGACAUUGAUUUCUGAAUUUGUUGAAACGAAAGUUGAGGACUCUGUGUACAAUACACGACCGCUAGGUGAACGUGGAAUUAAGACAGUCUGUUUUGCAGUGAUGAAAUCUUUAAUUAUUGCUGAAAUCGCUGGUUGGUUUAGUUCUUCGGUGUACUUUGGGCGACCGACCACACAACACAAUCUAGCUGUGAAUAUGCCACUACAGGGCCCGACAAUUGAA